CAUCAGCAAUAUUUCUCGCAAGAUGAAGAUCAUCGUAACGAUCGUACUUUUGUCCGCUAUUGCGACCGUGGUGGAGCUGAAAUCGGAAUCAAAGAAGAAUAAGCGCGGAGUGACAUUUUUCGGAUCGCCUGAUUUCUUUGGGUUCGUGCCAGCCUUCGCUCCUUCAUGGGCCCCGAAUUUUGCGACUUCGGCCUGGAACCCACCUAUCUCUCCGGACGUAGCGCUCGCACAGGUCGAAGUUCAAGCUACGCAUGAUGUGGCACUUCAGGCGUUGAAGGAUCCGGUGCCUGGUACGCCCAGCAUCGCGUACCCGCCCGAAGUUUUAAGAGCGAUUCAGCAAGCAAAGGAGGCAAACAAUAACGUUGCUGUAGCUCAACAUAAAGUUGCGGAAGCGAAGCAAGCCGCGCUGAUUCAGCAGAAAAUUGCAUUGGCAAAGGAAGCGGCGGCAAGGGAAGCUGCCGCGAGAUCCCAUGAAAUUUCGCAACAUGCUGAGACCGAAGCUAAAGCCAGCGCCCGACAGCUCGUGGCAUUGCAACAAAGAUUAGCAACCCUAAAGGAUACUGUGGCAGCUGCACAGAGAGUAGCAGCGGCAAGAGAAGCCGCCGCAGCUGCAGCAAUCCAAAGAAACGCAGCUAACACCGCUGCAGAAUUGCGAAAGCAGGAUGUUGAUAAGCAAAUUAAUCAGAGCGAGCAGGAAGCUAAGGAAAAAGAUAUAAUAGCUGCGAAAGAAAACGCAAUAGCAGCUGCAGUCCAGCAUGCGAGCUUACAGAAACCUACUCAUCAACCUUGGGGUUAAAAACUGUUUCGUGACAUUAUAUAUAUUUUAUAUACGUAUAUCAAUAACAGCAUAUAUUAUACAUUUGGUGAUGGUUACAUAAA